UGUUAACGACGUUGUUGCUGCGUUACAUAUUUCGUGCUGUAUUACCUACUUGAACUUAGUCGAUUGCAUCAUAAAAGAACAUUUAACUAAGUUUGCUAUUUUAUUGGAGACUUUAAUUGCUUUCAAACUCGUAGCUUUAUACUCACGAACAUAUUUCGAUUGAACAUCACGCGGUAGUGUAGACAGUUCAGUGAGAAUAGAUUCGAUCGACAUGGUGUACGCAAUCGGCUUAUCACUGAUAGUCGGGGCCUGCAGCCUUUAUUACUUCUUCUUCAAGAACUUGUACCUGUUCAAGAGUUGUAGCAUACCGUAUUUGAGACCUUGGCCACUGGUGGGCAACAUGGGACAGGUGAUCUUCGGCAGAACCUCGAUAAGUGAAUUCGUGAAAAUGAUGUAUGACAAGUAUCCUGGAGCCAAAUAUAUCGGUAUAUAUGACUUCCACAAGCCGGUGAUAAUGUUACGCGAUCCUGAGCUCAUUAAGUCAAUUGCAAUCAAGCACUUUGACAUAUUCUCAGAUCGCCGCGGCAGCAUCCAAUAUGACCAGGAUCCGUUCAUGUCCCAGAAUUUAUUUCAUCUUCGUGGUGACAAGUGGCGAAAAAUGCGGUCAAUACUGUCUCCGUCUUUCACAUCUAGCAAGAUGAAAACCAUGUUCAAGCUAAUAUCCGACUACGCUGUCGACUUCACGAAUUUCCUGGUGCAACUGCCGCCAGAGAAGAGGGUGAUGGAGGCGAAGAACGUCUUUAAGUGCUACACCACCGAUGUAAUUGCCACUUGCGCGUAUGGCAUCAGUAUUAACUCCAUGCAGAAUCCUAAAAAUCCUUUCUACAUGACCGCAAAUGAUAAAACUGUUGUGAAAAUCUUCAACAUCCUGAAUGUUACCAUAAAUAGAUACUUGCCGUGGCUAACGCGGAUACUCAAACUGAAAUUCCUUGAUGAGAAAGUAGAAAAAUUUUUUCAGGACUUGGUUGAAAGCUCCAUUAGGAACAGAAUUCAAAACAAUAUAGUUCGGCCGGAUAUGUUGCAACUGUUGAUGGAAAGUAGAGAUCGGGAAGAUAAUAGCAUAAAUUUAACGAUAGAGGAUAUAGCCAGCCACGCUUUCAGUUUCUUCUUCGCUGGAUUCGAAAGUAGCUCAACAUUAAUGUGUUUUGCCACGCACGAGAUUGCAGGGAAUAAGAACAUACAGAGAAAACUGCAAAACGAGAUUGAUCAGGUGCUGGAAGACACUAAUGGCCAGGUUUCGUAUGAAGCGAUCAACGACAUGGAGUAUCUGGAUGUUGUACUGAAGGAAAGUCAAAGAAUGUACCCACUCACAGCUCUGAUUGAUAGAGAAUGUUUGGCAGAAUUCGAGCUGCCGCCGACAUUAAUAGGCGCGAAACCCUUCACAGUGAAAAAAGGUCAAGGCAUUUUGUUUCCGAUAUAUGGACUUCAUUAUGAUCCCGAAUAUUUCGAGAAACCGGAGAAAUUCAAUCCCGACCGGUUCCUUGGCGAACAAAAGAAACAUAUCCUCAAUAACGGGGUUUACCUGCCGUUCGGGUUGGGCCCUAAGAAGUGCAUUGGUUAUCGAUUUGCCCUGAUGGAGAUAAAGUUGUUAUUAUUUCACCUACUGGCACGAUGUGACCUUUUGCCUUGUGAGAAAACUCAGAUUCCGCUGAAGUUUGCCAGGCACAAUAUUUUUCUAAAUACUGAAGGUAAAUUGUGGCUGAAGGUGAAGCCACGAGAGAACCCACAUCACACCAUCGUCGUCAACGCCGCAAAUUAUACGCAAGAUCUAGAGGAGCAUUUUCCUGGCCUUGAAGAUUCAUGUGUAAAUGAUUCGAUGAAUAUUGACAAUAAAUCAGAAACGAAAUCCAUGUGAAUAAAAUUCUCUCUACAUGUGAAUAAAAUUGAUAAUAAAAAAACCAAAAAGUUAUGAAGUCAAUAAUAAAUAAAGAAGUUCACUUAUAAUCGCUAAUCCUCGAAAUCUCAAGGGAAAGACUGAAAAGUGGAAAUGUGCGUUUGGAAUGUGGUUUGCUGCAAUAGAUAGUCCUUCAGCUCUAUGUAGAUAGUCCUUCAGGUAUAUGUAGAAUCAUAAACAUUAGUUUCAGAUACUUCUUAUUCUUUUAAAAAAGAAAAGAAACGUGGAAACGUUGAUGUACGUAUCAUCGGAUUGAAUAAUAUGGCUUGGCAACGCGAUAGAUUUCAAGGAAAGGAAGACAAAAGGAACAUGAGGGACUAUCUAUUGCAAUAAAUCGUAUUCAAAAAGCGCAUUUGUAGUCGCAAUUUUCGUCUUCUCCUGUCAGUGAUAUUAGAAAAUUAUUUCAAAAUCAAGGUAUCAAACUAUUUUAAAUAUAUUUUAAAUAUAGCUGUGCAGAAUUUAUCAAUUUUGCACGUUAUUGCACUUUCAAAUAACGGAACACGUACCAAAGAAAGAUAGAACGCUGUCUAAUGCGUAAUGAAAUACAAUAUAAUGAAUAAAUAAUAGUUCUGCAGUUACAAAUGUAUUGUCUCUUAAUUAUUACUUAUCUUCUUAUAUGUAUGCUAAUUCCAAAUAGAUUUACAUCCGACACGUCAUUUGUUACAAUUUGCAUAUCUCGCAGCAUAUCUCGCGUCGGAAACAUAUAUUUCUUACAAAAACACAAUUAUUAUUUAUCGUCAAGGAAGCAGCAAAGAAAACAAAAGGCAUAAGUGCAAAGCUGAUGUCACCUUCCAUUACAACUAUCAAUUGAAAGUUAUCAUCGUGCUUUGCGUUUGAUAAAAGUUAUGAUCACAUCCCGAUCAUUGGGUCAAGUUUGCGUAUUGUACUGUAUUAACUGAAUUUUAACGUUCAUUUGUAUCAAAUACAUACUUUUCCUGACACAAAAGAUAUAUCUGUUAGAUUAAAUUAAUAUCACUAACACAAGUGAUUAAUAAAUUAAUGAUAAUGAUAAUUAAAUUAAUAUUACUAACACAAGUGAUAAUAUAGGAUUCUUGCUCUACAAUCGAUAAUAUACAGUCUGUAAAGUAAGAGCGUGUACGGCAUAAGUGGCAGUUGGCUUCAAUAAAAAAUAUCGUCCUAGUUUUUUUCAGCCGUAUUGUGAGGCAAAUCUCAAGCACGAGCUUCGAGGAAAAAGAGUGUGCACUUUGAAGCAGCUGACACGAAAAAUUCGUCUCAUUUGGAGGUCUUUACUGAACGAAUACGCAGUCAACUUAGUGGAAAGUACUCGAAAGUGUAUGCCUCGGAGGUGCCAGGCAAUUAUCAAUGGUGGUGACUGGACGCAUUAUUAAUUGUACAGCGUUUUUCUUCUCAUGGAGUACAACAAAUCCAC